GUGGUAAACUUCAUUUUGUAGUAGUCAUGUGUGAUCUUCUUUUCUCACUGCUUUGAUGACAGGAGCAAGACAUUUUUUUAUAUAUAUGAACUAAAAACAUUGAAACGUGUCACUUUUUGUCGUUUUGUUGUCAUAUCAAUGCACACAUUGUAUAUAAAAAUGUAGUAAGCCCUCAUGUCCCCCACUAAGGACAUUGGAAAUGUGUUUUGUUUUCAGUCUCUUUAUAAAUAACUGUAUAACACUUAAAAACACACAUUUUCUCCGGUUAAAUAAAUGUGGUGAUCAGUAUGGCAGCCAUUGAGACGCCAACAAAUCACAUAUCACUGGAAAGCCCAGGAUGUCCUCUCCGCAGCACAACUGGUUUUAUUCUUGUAGAGUGUUUUACAUUUGGAAUAAAACUCCUGUUCCUUACAGAGGACAAAAAUUCCAUUGCUGGGUCUCAGGAGGAUGCGUCAAAGUUUAAAAAUAACGUUGGUAAAAAAAAAAAACAAUGAGUCGCAUUGUUGUUUUUGUCUCCUUUUGUGUUCAUCUAUGAGACUGAAUUUCGUGGUGUGGACCUCCUAAGAACAGGUUUUGGGUGUUGAUACGAGGCAACAAUGGUCACGACUGUUGCAGCACAUUUGAAUGCCAAGGCCAGGUGUGGCUGUCCUAUAGAAAUCGGGAUAUUAGCUCAUAUUUUGUUUGUAAAUAUCUGUUGUGCCUCACAGGCCCACAUUGCUGAGAUGUCCAAAGUGGGGAGGACGAGGGUCGUGGUGGUCCUACUGUGUUUGACGGCCGUGGGUGUGUUUUAUAAGUCCAAAUGGAAUCUGGCGUUCAUGUAUUCUCUCAGGCCAUUGAACCUGAGUCUGUGCAGCUGCCAGAAAUGUUUGACUGAGAGCAACAAGGAGUUGAAAGAGCUUUUGGACGUUUCGCCCAAGCCCUUUUUGUCCAAGCGGGACCGGACCUCGGAGGACGAGUUCAACUGGUGGAAGCACUUGCAGUUGGAAAAGCGCCCCUUCAGUUUCUUCAAUGAAACAGUCAACCAACUAUUCACCAUCUUUCCACCCGUCCCAGAUGUGGAGUCGUCGUCCUCGGAUCAUUGCAGGACGUGCGCGGUGGUGGGCAAUUCGGGUAACCUCAAGGGAUCACACUAUGGGACCCUUAUUGAUGACCAUGACAUCAUAAUCAGAAUGAACCGCGGGCGCACCAAGGGCUACGAGAAAGAUGUGGGCACCAAGACGACUCAUCACAUCAUGUAUCCCGAGAGUGCCGUUUAUUUGGACAACUCCACUCAUCUUGUGCUCUUUCCAUUCAAGAUCAAGGACUUACUGUGGCUGCUCAAGACCUUCACCCCAAGAGAAAACGGUCAGGAAAACCCAGAGAAGCGAGGCAACAAGGACCUGGUGAUGAUCCUCAACCCCGCCUUCAUGAAGUACGUCCAUGAAAUGUGGCUGAAAAAGAGAGCGAAGUACCCAUCCACCGGCUUUAUGGCCUUUGCUCUCAGCUUGCAGAUGUGUGAUGAGGUCAGUGUUUUUGGGUUUGGAGCAGACAGAGAAGGAAACUGGAACCAUUAUUUUGAAACCCUGAGGAUCAAAAACCUGAGAACCGGACCUCACCCUGGCAUGCAGGAAUAUGAACUGAUUCAACAGUUGGAUCAGAAGCAGAUCAUUCGUUUUUUUAAAGGACUGUAAUGUUUGUUGGCUUCUUUCCUUAAAAUAACCUACAUUUGUUUACGUUCUUCCGUAGGUUUUUGGGGCAUCUGGUUGUUCAUACACUGUGCUUAUUCAGUCUGGCAUCAUUUCACUUUCUUGCCACAAUUCAGUGUUUUUGUUCUUGCAUUGGACCCCGGUGAUAACUUACUUGCUGCUUUUAAAACGAUCUCUUUCAAUUGUGUGAAGGAAAUGCAGCAGACGCAAAGCACCCAAGCCAAGUGACUCAAAUUUGUAGUUGUGUCCCACCGUGUGCCUGCUUGAUGCCUCGUUUACAAUGCUGAUUAUUCCCAGCAGCCUUAUAAUAAAACGUGGACUUUUACUUUUUCAUUUUAAGAUCACUAUAUGAUUAAGUCUUCCCUAAAAAGUUUAAAUAAAUAUAUUUGUACUACAUAUUUCUUAGGCCUGUGUACUUUAGGAAUGCAAAAUCUUCAAAUAAAUAUGCACUUUUUAAAAGACAGUUUCGCUGAGUAUAGUUGCAUGGUGCAAAACAAGAAUGGCACCAGAAAUGUCAUACACUCACUGGCCACAACAUUAGGUACACUUGCACCUAAUUUUGCCUUUCCUAUGCUUAGAAUUGUUUUGUCCCUCUUGUGGCUAAAUUAGGUAACCAAAAUAUAAAGAACUCGUUGUGAUGGCACUGUACCCCUAAUGAAGCGUCUCAUUAAAAAAAAAAAAAAAAAUAGAGUGCUGCCAUCUAGUGGCUGCUCACUGGUAAGCGCAACAUUUUCUCUUGAGGGUCACAGUGGUGUUUAUGGUAAUAAUUCAGAAGUAAACCUUAAAUGAUUGCUUUGUACGUUAUUCAGAUGACAAGAGAUCGCAUCAAAAGGUAAAAAGUUAUGAAUGUUUAGUAAACAUGAAUGUCUAAAGUGCUGAAGGGGGACGGGGGACAUUACAGCCAACUUGCCUGCAUGGCAGCAUAAAACAAACACCAUAACAUGACUGACGGGGCUUGUAUGAUGAGGUUUCUUUAAUUGACCUGCAGUGUUGGCAUUUAAAAAGCAGCAUAAUUCCUUGUUGUGCAACACAAAGAAAACAAUGCAGGGACACAUAAACUAACAAGCCUGCCUAAUUAAAUUAAUUGGGGAGAAAAUACAAUGAUGACUUGACAGGCUCUAAAGGACAGCAACAUAACGUGACACGAUCUUUUAAGAGGUUUUAUUUGCACUUUCUGGUUCUUCUGGUGACGUUUGGUGUUGCCAGUGCACGUAAACAACCUUCUCUCAGCCACUUCUGCAGCAGAUUCCAGCUGAGUGUAGGAUGUUUACAUGAACUCAGCCCCGAUAUUUACAUUUACUCCAGGUGAGAAGGGAAGUGUUCAUCCCUGGCAGUGGAGAGAGGCUGGAGGUAGGUCGGGGUAGCAAACAUCAGACUGAAAGCUCGGUGGGUGGACAGCUUCCAGUCGGGGAUGUUUACAGCCCCUCAACUACCUGGUGAAACUGACAGGCUGUAAAAGUAAAUACAAAAAAAAAAAUACAUUAAUGUUGACAAUUUUUUAUGGAAAAAAGCUGUAAUAUUGUGAGAAUAUGGUUGUAAAAUAUGUUAUAUGAAUAAAAAUAUUGUUUGUCCCUGGAAAACAUGAAUCAAGUCGUAUUACCAUAAAAGGUCAUUACGCUAUGCUUAUAUGUACAGUAUGUAUAUGUGUGUGUGUGUGUAUACAGUAUGUAUGUAUAUGUGUUCCAGGAAAUUCACAAUAUGAACGUCAUAGUUUUACCCAAGGAAAAAAAAAGUUUGUUGAAACAGAAUGCAA